GCACUGCCAGCUGUUUGCCUUGGCACCCCCACAGCUGCCGCGGAAGGGCCCUCGGAGGUUUUGUGUCCCCUCCCUGGCUCUUUGCGGGCUCAGCAAACAGCACAAGUGGCACUCGGCACAUGGAGUGUCCCCAACCGUCCCCGGCCACACGGGAUCCUAUAAAUGUCCCCAAGCCCUGGCUGGCAAAGGGACAGGAGCACACGGAGAGAUGGAGGACAGCUCCAAAGAGGCGCUGAUGGAGGAGGCACCUCCGAGGUACACGGAGUCCCCGCGCCUGCCCUGCAUCCCCCACGAGCUCAAGAGCCUCCUGCUGAUGGUGGCGCUGGUGGUGGUGGCCCUCGUGGUGGUCAACAUCACCUUCCUGCUGCUGGGGCUGCACCUCAGCGAGUCCCACGCCGAGACGGUGCUGUGGAUGAGCAUUCAGGGGUUGGAUGGCGAGGGGAGCCCCCAGCAGCUCGCCGUGAGCAGGGGGGACAGGAGCGGCACGUUCGCCGUGAGGGAUGGGCACAACGGCUCAGCCGCCGUGGUGUACGACUACAGCAAGCUGCUGGUCGGCUACAGGUCCUGGUGUCACCGCGCCUGCUACAUCACCCGCGUGGACAAGGACAACUUCCCGGGGCUGGACGCUGUCACCGAGACCUUCCAGCGCCGGCAGGACGAGGACAAGGCUGGGGACAAGGCCGUGCCCCUGGCUGACCGCUCCAUCCUGGGCACCACCAUCAACAUCCUCUGCAGCGCCGUCCCCGUGUUCUGGGAAAUAUUUCACGUCCUGUUUGCUCCUUGCCACAUCAAGCAGCUGCAGGUGCCCGAGCUGGCACAGGGACGCGAGCCAGCUGCCACCCUGGGCACGGGCACAGCCGGAUGCUCCACCCUGGAGGUCAGACCGGGCUGGGAAUGGGAGGAGGAGGAGAAGGAAGAGGAGGAGGAGGAGGCAGCAGCCAUGGAGAGCAGCAUGAAGCAGGUGGUGCUUGAAGAGGAGGACUCGGGGAACGGCUGCUGCUGCCCGGGCUGCUGCCUGCCCUGCGCCUCGUGCUGCGCCAAAUGCUGCACCAAAUGCAGCUGGUGCUGCACCAAAUGCUGCGCCCGAUGCGGCUGGUGCUGCGCCAAGUGCUGCUGCCUGCCCAAGUGCUGCGAGUGCCCCAAGUGCCCCAAGUGCCCCAAGUGUCCCGGCUGCGCCAGCUGCUCCGGCUGCCUCAGGAAGUCGCUGUGCUUCGUGCCCCGGCUGCUGUGCUACCUGCCCCGCAAGCUGCUGAGCUGCGGCCGCCUGCGCUGCCUGCUCAUCGCGGCGCUGGUGCUGGUCCUGCUCGUGGUCAUCGUGGCCGGCGCGCUGCUGAUGUGGCUGAGCGUGGAGCAGCGCCGCAGCGACAGCGUGCUGCGGGCCAGUUUGUGGGGAGACGACGAGAACGCGGCCACUUUCUACCUGGACAGCGGCGACGGCAACGCGGCCACGGUCAUCUAUGACUACAGGAAUCUGCUGGUGAGCUACAGAGCCCGGCUGCACGGCGCCUGCUACGUGACCCGAGUGGACCAGGACAACAUCCCGGGGCUGGACAGCGUGGUUGAGACCUUCCAGCGCCGGCAGGCUGAAGACAAGAUCUCUGUGCCUUUGGCUGACCGCUCCAUGCUGGGCACCACGGCGGGCAUCCUGUGCAGCCUCCUGCCCGUCUACUGGGCUUAG